AUGAAGCGCUCAGCGUCUGAAGCCGAUCUAUCUCCCAUUCACUCACAGACCGUCAUGGCUCCCAGCGCAGACCACGACCAGGGCUUCUCCGACGCCGUCCCAGACGCCCACGCGACCGUUGUCAUUGCCGGCGCAGGACCGGCAGGUCUUAUGCUUGCAGUAAACCUCGUCCGCCUCGGCAUCUCCACACUCAUCCUCGACGACCGACCCGAUAAAACCACCACCGGCAAGGCAGACGGCAUCCAGCCCAAGACAAUCGAGACACUGCGCCAGCUGCGCCUCGCAGAUACACUUCUCCGCAAUGGCGCGCGCGUGUACGACAUUUCAUUCUGGGACUCAACCCCAUCCCACCCCCUCAGCCGCAAAGGCCGACAGAUCCACUACCCAGACCAUCUCGUCGGCGCCUCAGAUCCGUACAUCCUGCUCGCGCACCAAGGGAUGCUCGAGGACGUGCUCCUCGACGAUCUGAAAGAGCGGGGGGUAACCGUGCAGCGGGAUAGCCCGUUUCUAUCGUGCGCGCGCGAUCGCGCGGGGAAGCUAGACGUCACGUAUGAAGAUCGCGCAGCAGGCGAGAAUCGAGUCGUCAAGGCCGACUUCCUUGUUGGGUGCGAUGGGGCGAGGUCGCGGGUUAGAGAGUUUAUCCCCGAUGCGCGGCUGGAGGGGGAGAUGUCGAAUGCCUCUUGGGGGGUUUUGGACGGAGUCAUUGAAACAGACUUCCCCGAUCUCUGGAGCAAAGUGGCCGUGCGCUCGCACACUGUCGGAUCGAUCCUGUGGAUUCCCCGGGAACGAAACAUGACCAGGUUAUACGUCGAGUUGAGCGCUACAGCUGGAGAGCGCGUGGACAAGGCAAAGGCGACGCCGGAGUAUGUCAUGGCGCGGGCGAGGGAGGCCAUGCAUCCGUUUAGCUUGGAGUGGAAGUCAAUCGAAUGGUUUGGAAACUACGUCGUCGGCCAGCGCGUUGCUAGACGCUUUUCUGACCCCGAGCACCAGAUAUUCAUCGCCGGUGAUGCCGGCCACUGCCACAGCGCCCUCGCCGCCCAAGGCGCAAACACAAGCAUGCACGACUCGUUCAACCUCGCCUGGAAACUGAACCUCGUCUCCCGGGGUCUCGCAUCCCCUUCGCUGCUGGGAACAUACGAAGCCGAGAGGCGCAAGAUCGCCAACGACCUGAUUGCCUUUGACGCGGGGCACUGCGCAGCAUUUGAAGCGGGUGAAGCUGCCCUAACCCGGAACUUUAAUGACAAUAUCCGGUUUAUUUCAGGCGUUGGGGCAGAGUAUGCAGAUGGACUACUUACCAGAGAUUCUGCUGGUUCUGGCUCUCCGAAUGGCCUGCACCCUGGGGCGUUGAUGAUCCCGUCUAAAGUGACGCGGUAUAUCGAUGCAAAUCCCGUGGACAUCCAGCUCGACAUCCCGAUCCUGGGCCAGUUCAGGCUAUAUUUCCUGAUCCCCGAUGUCCAAGCCGCAAAGGGCUUCCUGCAGUCCGUCUGCGGUUUGCUUGCUGAGAAGUCUCAUCUAUCAACUGCAUCCAGCGCAGCCAGGUCCUCAUAUCAGACCCAGUCUCGCGGCAACGCAGCAAGCGACGCUUUCCUCUGUUUAGACCGGUACAUGGCUGUCUCGGAUAUCCUGACUCUGGCGCUGGUGAGCGGGUCGAAGAGGGAUGUGUUCGAGUUGGCUGAUUUGCCCGCUGCGCUGCAGAGGAGUCGGUGGACGGUGUAUCUUGAUGAUGUGGAUGGGUGUAUUGAGAAGUGGGUUGGGAUGUCAGGGCAGGCUGCGACCGUUAUUGUCCGGCCGGAUGGGUAUAUUGGGGCUGUUAAGCCUUGGGAUGUGAGCCAGGGGGUUGAGGCUGGCCGGUGGGUGGAUGAGUAUUUCGCCUUUUUGGCUUAG